AUGCCUCUCGCACUCAAGAAUCUCCAUGUGGUUGACGAGUCCGGCCCAUACGUGCUUGAACGCGAUGUGGACGUCCCCUUGAAGAGGUCCACUCCCCAGACUAAAGACGAUCCUCUCCUCGUUCGUGCCAAUGUAUAUCGCCCCAAAAAAGAAGGAAAAUUCCCUGUGCUUUGCACAUACGGACCUUAUGGCAAGGAUAUUCCUUAUGAGCAAUUCCAUUCUCACUCGUUUGCGGAUGUGAAUCCGCACCAGAAGUCAAAGCAUUCCGCAUGGGAGACUCCUGAUCCGGCUUUCUGGACAUCUAACGACUAUGUCGUGGUUCGAGCCGAUGAGCGCGGGUCUGGAAACAGCCCGGGGAAGCUUGACUCCAUGAGCUCGGCCACCUGCGAUGGCUUUGUGGACGUGGUCGAGUGGGCAGCAGUGCAGCCCUGGAGCAAUGGGAAAGUCGGCCUCCUCGAGUAUUGGUAUGACCGCCAGGUCGGAUCGAACCAGUACGGACUCGGCGGAAGAACCGAACGGAACUGGGGUACCGACAGUCUGGAGGGAGUCCUGUCUGCUGAAGAGCUUGCCGAGAAUCGGGCUGACCAAACCAUUGACACUGCGAAGUACAAGUUCCGAGACGAAGAGUAUUACAAGUCUCGCGACUACGACCUGGCUGACAUCGAGGUGCCCGUUCUAAGCGUCGCCAACUGGGGCGCAAUUCACCUCCACCUGCGCGGCAAUAUCUUUGGCUAUCUCGGCAUCGGAUCGAAACUCAAAUAUCUUCGUUUCAUCACUGGCCGUCAUGAUCUUCCCUUCUACUACGACGAAGAAGUCGCUGUCCAGAAGUCAUUCCUCGACGCCUUCUUGAAGGGGGUUGAUCCAGAAGGCUGGUCGACACCAGGGAAACUUCCACCCGUCAGCCUUUGUAUCCGAAGAGACAACCCUGGUUUCAAUAAUCCCAAGGCGGAGCGCGAUGCGUUCCCUCGACGUCCUGAGAUGGAAUGGCCUCUCGCGAGGACCGUCUAUACGGACUUUCACUUUUGCAAGUCUAUGGGCCUCGAGAGGAGCUCCACGUCGGAGGUGGGAGAGGGGCUCGUCACCUACACUGCGCCGAAAGGAGGGGUCACUUUUGUCUCAGCGCCAUUCGAAGAAGAGACUGAGAUGACCGGCCACCCUAUCGUAAGAUUGAGCGUCUCUGCUGAGGCAGAUGGGGAUAAAGUGCCCUCAGAGAUUGAUGUCUUUGCGACCCUCCGGCACAUCGAUGCCAAUGGCAAAGAAGUGUUCUACACUGGUGCCGUUGGUGACCCAGUCCCCCUCGCCCGUGGCUGGCUUCGAGUCUCUCUGCGAGCCACGACCAAGCACCCGACUGAGAUGAGCAAGAUUAUCCCCGAGCGCGACUAUCUCUCCACCGACGUCGAGCCUGUCAAAGCUGGAGAAGUCUACUCGGUCGAUAUUGAGAUCUGGCCAACCAAUUCUGUCUUUUUGCCGGGCGACAAGGUUGCAAUCGAGAUUUCGAGCGGUGACUCGGAAGGUGUUAGCGUAUUUGAGCACAACCACCCUGACGAUCGAGACCCUGAGAAGCUGGGAGGGCUCAAUGCCAUCCACAUCGGAGGGGAAUUCCAGAACUUCUUGCGGCUGCCUAUUAUCCCCGCGAAGGAGUAA